CUGUAAAUAAUUCAGAUAGUACAACAUACGCAUACACUCAUAAUUAUAUCGAUAUAGAAACAAUAAACUCUAACGAUGAUAGCAUAAACGAGAUCAUUGUUACCGCCUUAAAAGAUUUAGAUAAUACUUUUUUUGUUGAAUGUUUAGAUUCUGAAGAUGAUGAAGAAUCCAAUUCUCUGGCGGAUAUUGAAGCAAUAACUGAUAGUGAUGAUGAUAUUCCUCGAAGUAAAUUAAACGAAUUUAUUUUUGUAGAUGUACCCAAUAAUUACAUAGAAGAUAAAAUUUAUGAUGAUUUAAAAUUAGAAGUCCAAAAUUUUUUUGAAAAAGGCACAUGUUCAUGUCACUCUAAGCAAUCAUGUUUUAAGCAAAUUGGUUACGAAAAGUUUCUUGCGCGUCAAGUUGCAUUUGAAAGCUUGGAUAAAAGUAUGCGUGAUAUGGCUAUUAAGGGGCAAUUAUUGGCCUUUCAAAAAAGUGAUGAUACGAGAAAAGUUACAAAUACGAAUAGAAAAAACUUGUUUUUUGGUUACUGUUAUAAUAGAGAUAUCUCAGUUUGCUGUAACACAUAUUUAGCUCUUGUAGGGAUUGGUCAUAAAUAUUUAGAAAAUAUAAAACGGCACCUACAAGAAUAUG